AUGAGUACUGAGAGUAAAACUUCCGAGGCAGAAAAGUCACUAGACAUAACCAUAACAUCAGAGAAAGUUGACCAAAACUGCAACUCUCUGGAACAAAAGAAUGCACAAAAAAUCAAUCCCCCAACCAAAUUUAGCUUUUCCUUAACGAAGCCACCAGAAGUUCCGAAGUUGGAUGAUAAUGUAACUCCGGUGGUCUCGAAGCAGGGAGCUAAUGUGCCUUUAAUUAAUGAAUUGAACGAAAAUGGCUUGGUUGAACCCAGCAUAACUACCACCGAGACCGGCGAAAAUAAAAAGAAACGAAAAAGGAGUCGGUGGGAUCAAGCCGGUUCAACAGCUAAAGAGGCUCCGGGAUCAACUACUAAUGCUGAUACGAAAGUCGUUGCCGGAGAAUUACUAACUCAUUUGAAGAGCAGUUCAAGUGUCACAGUGUCGAACUCUGCUCGAACUGUUGUGCCGUCUCAACAAAUAUAUACUUCGGAUGAACGACAAUUCGUAAAAUAUUCAGACACGUACAAACCUGGUAUGGUACGUGUGGGCUCCAAAUGGGUUUAUCCUGAAGAUGAGAUUACGGAGGGAGGCACUUGGGAGCAUAAAAAGCGAGCCGAAGAAAUGAAGAAGACGGCGGAGCAGGCUGCCUUAUUAACUGCUUCGGCUGAGGCGAAGCGUGCUCACCAUAUCGCCGACUUUUUGCCCAAAGAAGAGUUGGAAAAAUUUGAGCAAAAGGUCAAGGCUGUCAAAACCGGAGGUACGCCUCCCGAGUAUGAGGACUAUGCAAGUAACAAAUUAGAUCAGUCAAAUAUUGGAUUCAAGAUGUUGAUGAAGCAAGGCUGGCAGGCGGGUACCGGAUUGGGAAAAUCGGGUGAAGGUAUUGCCGCUCCCAUCAACAAAGCUGAUUCGCGUCCUGCAAACGCGGGUCUAGGUCAAUCAAAACCUGAGGGUGUUGAGGAAGAAGACGAUGAAUUUGAGAUUUAUCGUAAACGUAUGAUGCUUGCUUAUAGAUUCAGACCAAAUCCUCUGAACAAUCCCCGUCGACCAUAUUAUUGA